CUGAUGGGAAGUAAUGGGGGCUUGCUAAUGCUAACUUGUCGGUAAAGUGGAUAUUUUGCCUUCGUUUAGCGUUAUAUUUUACAUCCUGAGAGUCUUGUGUCGGCUGCUCUCAUGUCUUCUCCGUCUUUAGUGGGUUCGUCCUUAAUGACACAUGUCAGAGUUUGUUGUUUGUAUCGCAGGCUGCGUUCAAGUCCGAGCUGGAGUCUCUCCGCAAACAACUUUGGUCAGAGGAGAUCGUGUCCAGCUGAAGGUGCAGCAGCUCUGUUCAGACCGACACUCUCUCCCUGGGUGAAUGGGACCCGGAGGUUUUUCUCCCGUGGUGGCGGUGGCGGCGGUGGCGGCGGUGGUGGCGGUGGGUCCGUGGAGCAGCAGACCCUGCAGGACAUCGCCAGAAACAUCCGAGAGCAGCGUUACAAGAGAGUGGUGGUGAUGGCUGGAGCCGGGAUCAGCACUCCCAGUGGCAUCCCUGAUUUCAGGUCUCCAGGCAGCGGCCUCUACGACAACCUGCAGCAGUACGACCUCCCUUACGCCGAGGCCAUAUUCGAGAUCGGCUUCUUCCACCGGAACCCGGCUCCCUUCUUCGCUCUGGCCCGAGAGCUGUAUCCGGGAAACUACCGGCCCAACGUGACGCACUACUUCGUACGCCUGCUGCACCAGAAGGGUCAGCUGCUCCGGAUGUACACGCAGAACAUCGACGGCCUGGAAAGAUUGGCUGGGAUCCCUCCAGAGAUGCUGGUGGAGGCUCACGGUACGUUCGCCACCGCCACCUGCACCUCCUGCCUGAGGAAAUAUGAGGGCGAGGACCUCAGACCAGACGUGAUGAGUGGGACGAUCCCGAAGUGUCCGACCUGUAAAGGUGUGGUGAAGCCCGACAUCGUGUUUUUUGGGGAGGAGCUGCCACGACACUUCUUCAAGUAUCUGAAAGAUUUCCCUCUGGCCGACCUCCUGAUCAUCAUGGGCACCUCCCUGGAGGUGGAGCCUUUCGCCAGCCUGGCGGGCGCCGUACGCGGCUCCGUCCCCCGCCUGCUCAUCAACAGGGACCCGGUCGGACCGUUCGCCUGGAGGAGCCGGCGGCCCCACGACGUGGCCCAGCUCGGGGACGUGGUCCGAGGGGUGGAGGAGCUGGUGGACGCUCUGGGCUGGAGGCAGGAGAUGGAGGCGCUGAUCGACUCUCAGGAAGCUGCAACAAAACCAGAAGAGUGAGGUGAUUUUUUCUGCUGCGUCUUCAUGCGACGUCCCUUUGAGGUUGAGACGUUUCUACACAGACUUUAAUAUAUAAUUAUAAUCACAUAGAGUCAAACUGGUCAGAUGAGUUUAAGACGCAGGUAAGUGAUGGACGAGGAGGACGAGGAGGAACGUUGACCUUAAUUAUUUAUAUUUGUGACAGUAGCAGAGCUGGAGCUCAGCGCUUUGUGAUCAUUGUUUGGUCUCUGACUGAAUGAAAUCUGUAAAUUAUUGUUUGUUUGAGUGUCUCAAUAAAAAUAUUCAGGUUGUUUUGAUGAUGA